AUGGACGAAGGAGACUCCCCCUACCGCGACAAUGCGAUCCUUCUCCACGGCACUCCCAUCUCCCACCUUCCUACCUCGAACAUCUUCGCGUACGCGACGCACUUCGACGCGCAUCCUCUCGGACUCGAGUGGGUAGACGACACUACCUGCGUUCUCGUCUUCGACUCCAAGUCCGACGCGCGCACCGCGUUCCGCGCUCUCCAGAAAUCCCUCGCAGAGGAGCCUGCCCUUGACGAUGGCACCGUCACCGCCAAACCCAUUCCAAUGCCCAUCUGGCCCGCCGAGGACAGAAUCAAUGCGACUCUAGGGAAGGGUGAGGGGUUGAAGGGCAUUUUGCGGAUGCGCUGGGCGCGGCUGGAGGACGUGAAGAAGAAAGGAGCGAAGAAAGACAGCGAGUUCUACAGGAAGUACGGGCUGAACGCCGGGAAGACUUUCGAGGAGGGCCCCCCACCGCCGAAGCGGCGCCGUCCUCAGGACCCUGAUUCCGACGCUGCCGCACGUGCUCAGCUAGACGAGGAGCUGGACAGCUUCCUAGCGGAAGGCGAGGACGCGCCGCCCCCUUCGCCGCCGUCGAAGAUGCGCUCCGACUACAUUGGGAAGGAUGGGAAAACCCUCCUGGAGCGCACGUCGGCCAUACGUGCCCACCCGGGCACGCUCGAGUCCCGAUUGAUUGCUGCGCUUCCUCGUCGUGCUCGUUCUGGACGCGAUGGAGAGGGCAGAUCAUGGGAUGAGGGAAAGCUUGGGCUGCAUGGCAGACUCUCGGAGCCCGGGUCAGGAGGUGGGAGAGACAGCAGGGACAGGAGUUCGCGGGGUAGACGGCCGCCACGACCAAGAGCUACUCAGGAAGACUUGGAUGCAGAACUAGACGCGUUUUUGGCGGCGAAGGACUAA